UAAAUUAUUUGUCUUUAGAUUAAAGAUAUUUUGGAAGAAAAGCAGAGGAGUCUCAAUUUUGAAGAAAUGGAAGACUGGGCAUCAAAAAAUACCAUUAAAAUGAACCCUUUUACAGUAAACAAGAUGCCAAAUUCAGUUGCUAAUUUACCUCUUAGAUUUGGAAGGAAUUAUCCAGAAGAAAGAAGCAUUAAACCAUUUGCUAAUUUGCCCCUGAGAUUUGGAAGAGCUUUUGGAGACAACAUACCUAAUCAUGCUCCAAAGGUAUCACACAGGCUUGGGAGAUCUCCACUUGUUAGAAGUUCCAGUCAAUCACUUCUAAAUUUGCCACAGAGAUUUGGGAAGUCAUUGACUGUCAAUCAGGAAUCUGAACCAGGGAUAUGAAUUCUAACAGUCACAAUAAUACUGGGAUGAAAUUAUGAAGAUGAAAUCUGAAAGACUUGGAAAAGCUGCAAUGUGUGUUCAAAACCAAAAGUCAUGAAAAGGAAAUGUGAACCGAAAUGUAAACCUGUCUUCAUGUUAUGAAUAAUAUAUUAAUUAUGUACAAACCUUUGACAUAUAAGGCAAUGAUAAUUGUAGUGAUUAUUGUAGUGCUUUACUUCAGUGGCAGUGUAAUAUAAAUUCUAUUUACUUCUGUGUAACUCAUAUCCUGUUGGUUGUAAAACCUAAUUUCAGAACAAUGGCUGCAUAAUUGAAAGCAUUUUAAGCAAAAGAAGCAUA